AUGCCUGGAAUCUUCUUGAGCAUCCUUCACCCUCAUUCUAUUCAAGCACUCACGGUCUUCCCAGGAGUCAACUUUCAACAUCCUAUUCUAAGGACAGACUACUUUGAUGAGUAUUCACUUGAUUCUGAUGAUACAAUAAUCUUUCGACCAUCCCUGGUUACCAAGCCUAGUCUACCGAGUUGGAUAAAGUUCAUCCAACCUGCUGAGAGCUCGGAUGGAUACCUGUAUGGAACACCCCAAGGCUCUAACAUUGGACAAUUCAAUCUUGAGAUCAUAGGUCUAAACUCCAGAACUUAUGAGAGUGCAAGAAAGGUUGUUCAGAUGACGGUAGAAGAGAAUGCAGAAACUACUUCUAUAAAGUACCUUGCGGAUUUCUUCCUCACCAACCUGAACCUAGCGGACAUUCUUGACACCCAGCUCCAAGAUGACUUCAGGUCAGCGGUCGAUGCAAUCUGGGGUCAAAGGUCAGAGGUCAUCAUCCAGUCACUGACCUCUGCACAGGACCUGGGACUUCGGGUGCCCCUCAAUCCUCAGCCAGACCAGAAAUAUGGGUAAAUAGU